AACCUAUGGCGUCAUCAUCACGCGUCUCAUGUUAUUAGACCGGAUGUUUCAUUUGUACCGCUAGUGAUUGUUACCUUAUUUACUGAAAAAUAUAGCAACUUUACACGUUAUCUGCUGUCAGUAUUGUGUGAUUUGACAUCUUACGGUGUGUGUAAUUUACGUAAGCUACAAUGUAACACAUUAGCAAGCCUUUCAUUCAAACAAAACAGCCGAAUGAAAUCGCCACACGUAGACAGACAGCCGUUAAACAACUAAAACAUCAACAUCAAGUGCUUGCGUUGACUGCUUAGACUGCAGUGCACCAUGGGUGCUGAACAGAGUGGAGAUGCUGAACAUAAACAUUCAGACUUCAGUGCUUCAGUUGUACCCUCUCCAGCCAAGCAAAGAGCCAAAAUGGAUGACAUAGUAGUUGUUGCCCAAGGAACUCAGUCGUUACGGAAUAUCCAUAAUGAUCCAGAUGUAAUAAAGCUACAAGAAAUUCCCACCUUUCAGCCUCUUCUAAAAGGUGUGCUCAGUGGGCAAACCUCCCCAAGCACUGUCUGUUUAGAAAAGCUGGAUUCCGCACAGGUCCUGCAGCUGUGUGUCCGAUAUCAGGAUCAUCUACACCAGUGUGCGGAGGCUGUUGCCUUUGACCAGAAUGCUCUGGUCAAGAGGAUCAAAGAGAUGGAUCUGUCAGUGGAGGCGCUAUUCAGCAUCAUGCAGGACAGGCAAAAGCGUUACGCCAAGUAUGCCGAACAGAUCCAAAAGGUCAAUGAGAUGUCGAUGAUUCUGAGACGCAUCCAGAUGGGCAUCGACCAGACGAUCCCACUGAUGGAGCGUCUCAACAACCUGCUGCCCGAGAGCGAGCGCCUGGAAGCCUUCAGCAUGAAGCCUGAUGGAGACAUCAAAUAGAUUCUGGCAUCAGUUGGAAAAUAGAGUUCAUAGUGGGUUCAUACUGGUUAACUUGUGCUUUACAGACCCACCUCUGGUUGUUACCUAUGGAACUUCGCACUUUGCCAGGAUAAGGUAUUUUCUGGCCUAAAACAAGUUACAUGGUACAGAAAGUAAAACUAUAAUAACGCAAAUGGUAAAGGCAUGUGUAUAUAUUUACUUAAUAGGCUUAAUUGUGUGCUUUUAACAGGCAUGAGAAGAUUCUACCUUUGUAAUAUAAAAUGUUAUUUAAUGAGAAGUCAUUAUUGCAUAUGAUGCGCUUGAGAGGCUGUCCAUAGACUCAUCAUGUCAUUAAAGUUGUUGGCAUUAAAUUGUUUAUACACUUUCUGUUUAAACAAGAGAUUUAUUAAAGAUAAUACUUUUGGAGGA